UUCCAGUCCGUCCAAGCUCGCGGCAACCGCCCCCUUCUGCGCGGUCACGCUGAUCCAGCUCCCGGACCUGGAAUCGGGCCACAGCCUCCAGAGCCGCGCCCUCGUCUUCCCUCCGCCUGCCGACCAUGGAUCCCCGCAAAGUGAGCGAGCUGCGGGCCUUCGUGAAAAUGUGUAAGCAGGACCCAAGCGUUCUGCACACCGAGGAGAUGCGCUUCCUGAGGGAGUGGGUGGAGAGCAUGGGUGGUAAAAUACCACCUGCUACUCAUAAAGCCAAAUCAGAAGAAAAUAUCAAGGAAGAAAAAACAGAUAAUACGAAGACAGAGGAAAACCUAAAAGCAGAUGAACCAUCAAGUGAGGAAAGUGACCUAGAAAUUGACAAGGAAGGUGUGAUUGAACCAGAUACAGAUGCCCCUCAAGAAAUGGGAGAUGAAGCUGUAGAGAUAACUGAAGAGAUGAUGGAUCAGGCAAACGACAAGAAAGUGGCAGCCAUUGAUGCCCUGAAUGAUGGUGAACUACAGAAAGCUAUUAAUCUAUUUACUGAUGCCAUCAAACUGAAUCCUCGCCUGGCAAUUCUUUAUGCCAAGAGAGCCAGUGUCUUCGUCAAAUUACAGAAGCCAAAUGCUGCCAUCCGAGACUGUGACAGAGCCAUUGAAAUUAAUCCCGAUUCAGCUCAGCCUUACAAAUGGAGAGGGAAAGCACACAGACUUUUGGGCCAUUGGGAAGAAGCUGCACAUGACCUUGCCCUUGCUUGUAAACUGGACUAUGAUGAAGACGCUAGUGGAAUGCUGAAAGAAGUUCAGCCGAAGGCCCAGAAAAUUGCAGAACAUCGGAGAAAGUAUGAGCGAAAACGUGAAGAGCGAGAGAUCAAAGAAAGAAUAGAAAGAGUUAAGAAAGCCCGGGAAGAGCAUGAACGAGCCCAGAGGGAGGAAGAAGCUAGACGACAAUCAGGAGCUCAACAUGGCUCCUUUCCAGGUGGCUUUCCUGGGGGGAUGCCUGGUAAUUUUCCUGGAGGAAUGCCUGGAAUGGGAGCGGGUAUGGCUGGAAUGGCAGGAAUGCCUGGGUUCAAUGAGAUCCUUAGUGAUCCAGAGGUUCUUGCUGCCAUGCAGGAUCCAGAAGUUCUGGUGGCGUUCCAGGAUGUGGCCAAGAAUCCAGCAAAUAUAUCAAAAUACCAGAGUAACCCUAAGAUUAUGAAUAUCAUCAGUAAAUUGUCAGCCAAAUUUGGAGGCCAAGCAUAAUGCUGUUUGAGAAAUAAAGCCGUUGCCGAAGGAAAAGCAAGCUAGAGCAUUUAUUGGAUGUCGCAAUAAUACAAACCAGUGUACCUCCGACCUUCUCAUCAAGAAAGCUGGGGUGCUGCGAAGACCACCCUUACCCUGCCACCCUCGUGCCGCUGGACAAUUUACAGUUGUUUUUCAUUAGGGUAUUCAUUCAGAUCACGUUUUCCUUUUAGGAAGUACAAACUUUCUUUAAAUACUUUUUAAAUCUUAAUAAUACCUAAAGCAAAAGGUUGUGUUAAUGCCUACAUUUUUCAUUACUAAUCAUUUUGGUUUUGUUUCUUUGAAUUGGUUGGGUAAAAAGAUAAUGUGUGGAAGAUUUAUCACUAACGAGCAAAAUUAAGGCUUAUCAACAAAGAAAUACAAGUCAUUUAAAUUGAUGCAAAUGAGAUACAUAAAUGGCAACUUAAGGCAUAUUGAUUUGUCCUUCUAAGUGCUUUAUUUCUUCCAAAAUAGGUUGAUUUCAAUGAUAAACUUGGGACCUCACCUGUAUUGUGGAAGGACCUCUAGAGACUGGGGGUGGUUGGCAGGAUGGCAGCGGUCCUUCUACAUUUUAAGUCAGACGAGCCCUUUUGCAGGUAACAUGUACAUCUGACACUGGUGAGAGGAUGGUUUCUGUAAUGCUGCCGUGAAGUUGGCUUGCUUACUCUGUUCUUAUCCAAUGUAUAAAAUAAAAGUUUCAGAUUAUUUCCACA